AUGCCUCAGGUCUAUCUCAUUGUCCGCUUCGACUCAACAGACCAAACCAAACCACCUUAUAGAACGGCCGAGGUCACCUCGAUUGAUACACUGCCCUCCCCUCAAGGCGACCAGAGUCGUAUCGUCAAAACCAUCAGAUUCACCGACCCCUCAACAUUCAACACCUACUCUAUCGCCAUCGAAGUGGUCAAAAAACCAGGCCGAGAUUUCAAAAUCAUUUACACCACGACUUCGUUGACGGAAGCACAACAGAAGAUAGCGAAGAUUCCAGAUUUUGUUUCAGAGAGCGACACAGACCGCCGGAAGCACUACAGUUACGGGUUUACGAAGGCACAGGUAACACAAGAAAACGAGAACUGUGUGAGGAUCAAGCUGAAGAAGACGAGCUUUUGCUGGUUUGAGUUGGUCACGGUGGAUUUUGGGGAUGCUACCGAAGAGGAAGGGGUUGCGGAGGAUGUAGACAUUGUGGAUAAGGGAAGGGACAAGAAGAAGAGGAAGGUGGAAGUGAAAAAUGGAGGAGAGAAGCUAGAAGGUAAGGGUGAGAACAUAAAGUUGGAGUGA